GACACUGCCCAUGCAGCUGGUUACAUGACGUCAUUGCCCAUGCCGCUGGUUACCUGACGUCACUGCUUUGCGACCCACGGCUCCGCGAGACUCAAGGCGGGGAGAGUUCCGUGGAUCUGCGCUGCUCCAUCGACACCGAUGUCAUCCCCAGGUGAGGCAGCCAUGUGAAGCCUCCAUUGCAGGAAAGGCAGACGGGGACCAUGGGGCAGCAGGUGUCUCAGGGCGGGGCUGCCAGGCUGUCCGAGAAGAUGCUCAAGCAGGCGUGGCUGCUGCGUGAGAUCGCCAGCCUCCCCUAUGAAGACUUCCUCGGCCGCAUCGGUGACAUCAAUGAUACUGCACGCAGGUUAACAGGGGGCCAAGACAAGCACCUGCUGUUUGAGGUGCAGCCUGGCUCUGAUGCCACACCACUUUGGAAAAUCACAGUGCGUGUACUGUGCACCAAGGUGACACGCUCGACGGGGCUCAUCGAGGCGUCGCGCAUCAUGAACUUGCAUCAGUUCACCCUGCUCUACCACGAGGUGAUGGGCCAGGCUCACUGUGCUGCUGCUAUGGAUGCUGCUGCUGCUACAGCAGAACCGGUUCCCCUACGGUUGCCCCAUCUGACAAGUGACCUCGCGCCGGAACAGGGCAUCGCAGACGCAGUGAAACCCAUGACGGAGGAUGCAGAAGAUUUAUCAAAAGCGGAGGAGGCUGGGAGCAUCGCGGACUGUGAGAUGGAAAAUGGGGGAGCCUGCCACGCCUCUCUGUGGAUGGGGAGGAUCAAACAGCUUACGGAUGAAGAGGAAUGCUGCAUCUGCAUGGACGGACGCUCAGAUGUCAUCCUGCCCUGCACACAUAGUUUCUGCCACAGCUGCAUUGACCGCUGGAGUGGGCAGAACAGGAACUGCCCAAUCUGUCGACUCAAGGUGGAGGGACCAGAGGAGUCGUGGCUGCUGCCGGACGCCCCUACAGAUGAGGACGUUGCAAACUACAUCCUCACGCUGGCCGACGCGGCAGGGACGUCGCAUCAGCCUUGAGCUGCCCCUGGUCCCCGGGGAACACCUCACAGAGCUAGCAGCCCCCACCUUGCUCCCUGCUCACCUCACCAUGCACUGGUGGCACGGAGCCUUGAGUGAGGUCUGUGCUGCUUUUAUGAUGUUGCAUCCUAGCAUAGACAUGGCACAAGACCCCUAGCCCUGGCUCUAUAUUUACAAGAGCUGUGAUUUAUAUUUGUGAGAAAUGCACCUGUUGAACUGCAGUGUACUUUCUGGUAACUGCAUACGUGUGGUUUGCCACAUCGAAGUUUCAAGCAGAUAAAAUAUGUACCUAUUAAAUAAGAAAUUAAGGUAUCGGUACCUUCAGCUGUGUAAAUGGGCAAGUCAUUGAGUUUAUUGGCCGGUCUCUUGUGGGGCGAUAUGCGAGUGCUUUCGCGUUUUCAAAGACAUCUGGUCAGCGUGAGAGAGUAGACCAAGUACCCCCCCUGUGCUCCAUCUAGUGUUGGCUCUUCUGCCAGCAGUGGAGGGAUCAAUCUUGCACCUUUCCCUGUUCCACACGGUGGUUUCUACGUUCGCAUGUGCCAAUCGGUGCAUUCAUUAACAUUCCACUGGAUACGAUCACCGCUUCCUGACUUUCACAAAUGUUAACGGCUCUCAAACGGUUCCCCGUUUACCAGUUGUUGGUGAACCAUCCUAGAGUUUUUUAAAAUAGGAAAAUAAAUUCCGAAAUGCUUAUUUUAGUAACUUUAACAAACUAAAAAUGUGUGUGCAUGCUUUGGGGUAUGCGAGAGCCCUGUAGCAGUUCCUUCACUGCCCUACAAUCCCGGUGACAUGGAUACGAUUCCCAUCCACACAACACUCAAAGCAGGCAGCGUCUAGACAGGAGCAGCGAGUCCCGCUCCUGUUCUUGUCCGGUUAAGAAUAUAAUCACCGGGGGACACCGAUGUCCUCGUCUAUGGUGCUGGUCAGCCGCCCCCUUGAUGGGCUGUGUAUUAUAGUUGCUUACCAACAGCACUGGCAUUGGGAUGGCAAUGUAGAAAUCCUCGUGCUGGUGUUUCGAUGUGUGAACUGCAUGCACUGUUUGUCUCGUGUUGUUGGCCAGUAUAGUUCACACAUGUACCCAGUACAACAGGAAGUGUGGAAUUGUGUAGCUUUAUUUUGGAGUGUUAAUUUAAGGCAUUGCUUCAGAAUAUUAUUACUGUCACACUGUACAGAUUUAGUUUUACCUGUUUUAGUUGAUAAGAGCAGUUCAAUUCCUUUUAUCUGCGAAUCCACAUCACCACCAUACAUGAUUACCACAGUGAUGUGCAGUGAGGUCAAUGGCUGGGGAGGCACUGGCUAGUGUCAGAGCCAGAUUCACACACUAAGGGGGGCGUGGCCUCACUGAGGGGGGCGUGUUAGACACGUCCCCCUCUGUGAGGCAGAUGUGCUGCCACCCCUGGUGCUUUUUCAUUGCAGUUUCAUGACGAGACCAGCGAGCCUAAAUAUCUUUAUACACAUACGUGAAAUAAGUUAGCUGGAGUAUGGAAGGCGAGGACAUGAAAUGAAAGGGUCUACAAACAUUACAUUGGUGACACACUGAGAUAGUAACAGGCACGCGCUUAUUGCCCGCGCUCCAUCCAGUUACUGAAGGGUUGCGCAAUCAGAGGGGAGGCUGAGUUCGUCACUGCCUCACCUCUCGUCUCUUCCUGUAUUUGCAGCGAAGCUCCGCAAAUUUGGCGAUUUUGACUAUAAAAACGAUUGGAAUCGUACAGAAAUUACAUUUAUAACACAGAUCAGUGGAAAAAUCUUAAUAUUUCUUUUCUUAUUUUUACUUUUCGGAACAGCUAUUUUCAUUGGAGUAUGACUGGUGAGGCUCUGCCUCCACUGCCUCUCCUGACCGCACAUCCCUGGAUUACCAUUCAUCGGAGUUGCACUCCAGUCUAUUUUUGAUUGCUUCAGACACAAAUAAAAUAAUGAGUCCAUAAUUAAA